UUAUUAAUGGAGUAGAUAGUUAUUAAUAGAGUUAGCGUUAUGAAUGGAGUAGAUAGAGUUAUUAAUAGAGUUAGCGUUAUGAAUGGAGGUAGAUAGUGUUAUUAAUGUAACUUACUCUAUCUUUGGGCAGCAGACAUGGCUGGGAGCACUUUCCCGGUGUACAAGGUGGAUGCCAUCGUGCAGUUCUACCGAACCGAGGUUCUGACUGGACAAGAGGCUAAGCUUUUCAGCAAGAGUGAUAUUACUCCCAGCCCGAAGGCAGAAUCCGUUCAAAGAGUCUUCAUGAGGGUUUUGCAGCUCUUUCGUUUCAAGCCUGAGUGCCAUUACGUGAUGCCCUUGUCUGGAAACGUCCAGCACCCCGUGCUUUAUGAGUGGCUUACACCAAUCAUGAGUGUUUACAUACGCAUGUGCGAGCUCUUACCGUUUUGUCAUGUAUUUGAUUUUUGGCUGCAUGACUUGAUCAACCCCAGUCAUGAAUACGGUCUCGAAUGUCAUGGACAUGUGUUGGAGCUGCUUGACGAAAGGCUGGUGGAAACACAGAUGCUGGUGCAGCGUGUAAAUCAGUUGGAGGCAGAAAUCCAGGUCUUCCUCAAGCAGCUGCAGGACUUACAGAGCAGCAUGUGCGAGACCUACCAGCAAAAAGAGGAGGCCCGGAGCUUAGCAGCCAUGAAUGAAACCCUGCAGAAAGAGCUGAAGAGCCUGAGCAAUGAAGAAGGCCAGCUGAAGAGGGCACUUGCCAUGAAACUUGACAAGGAGUCUAAACAACAGAUCCGUCGACAGAAGAAAAGAGAGGUGAAAGACCAGCAAGUCAGAAAUAUUUAUGG